AUGGAGGUAACUGAGGAUACUUCGGAUGUUCACACAGAGGCUGGCUUGCCAUCGUGUCAACAAAUGUCUUGUGCACAAAAAUAUACUCAUGACUGCAGCGUACUCAGGUGUGAUGAAUAUCAGCCGGUUCCUAAGUUUUGUGAAGACUAUUCUGUGAGCAAUCAGCUCGAUGGUGUAGAACGCGAUAAGAUAACUGAAAAACUUACAAAAGGAAAGCAGAAAAUUCCCAUUGAAUUUAUACAUGACAGGACGAAGCGGUACGCUACGUUUUCGAAACGCAAAACCGGUAUGAUGAAGAAGGCGGUGGAACUCGCGGAACUAACUGGAGCUGAGGUUUUGCUAUUAAUUGCUUCAGAGACAAACCAUGUUUACACCUAUGCGACAAGGAGACUGAGGGGCAUAAUAGACUUGGACUGUGGAAAGGAGUUGAUCAAAAUGUGCCUCAGCGCAGACGAUAAUCUUCCAAGCGGGUCCGAAGCGUUAAAAGCUAAAACUAAGCUAAGUGUACCAGAUAUGUCCAAAAUUUACAAUGGUUGCAGUGAAGCAUGUCACGAAGCAGUGUUACAGAGUAGCGCACAUUAUUCAUUUCCGCCAACCAAAGUGGAUAAUGAAAUCCGGUUCGAAGCGGCUGGCUCCACCCGGAUGCGUACAAAAUCCCCCGAUAAGAACAAAGCCAGUACACGUAAUUUAGGCACACGCAGCUAUGUUCCCAUUGCUCCAAAAACACCAGAAUUAUCCUCUAAACGACAACGUACUAUGUCACUAUCUGAAGCUGACGAACAAAUGUUUAAUGUUUGUUCGUCAGGUGAGCUCCACUCACAAGACACGUCAGAGGCCAGCAAUGACGCCUUGCUUACUCAGACAACGUCAAGUUGCCCAGUCCCCACUCCGACUUAUUCGUUAUUAGCCUCGUCUGGGCAACCGGUUGUUUUUUUGAACACACAGCUAGCAGCGCUACCCGGUUCCUCCACUUGCCAAACAUUACCAAUAUCACCACGCGAAGCUCCCCCAAACCAACAAACAGUGGAUUCAUCCGCUGGAUCACAUCACAUGCAGAAUGCGACUGGAAAUGUACCCUGUGACGAUCCUCCAGACUGUCUUGUUGCUCAUUCUUCAAGUGAAACAAAAUCCACGUCUGUCAUCACACGAUCACCUUUAGCGAAAACACUGCUCCCCAGAAAACCUUUCAGCACUAAACCAAAGAGGUGA